UUCUGUAUGUGCUGCCAGUGCUUUCCUUUGCCUGCAUGCAAUUGCUUGUGCCAGUCUGCAUCCAGCCCUGUGCCCACCUCCAGUAGCCUGCACAUCCACACACACACACACACACACACAGACACACACAGACACACACACAGGCACACCUCUCUCCUUGCCAAACUAUGGGCUGGAAUUAAAAUGCACUCGUCUGCUGCCUCUCAGCACUCUCCAAUGGACUUGCACAGAGAUAGGGCUGCAGGGACAAGACACCUUCCUCUCUGGAACCCACUCGUUGCUCUCUAACAGCCUCUAUAGAUGACCUACAGGCAUCCCUUUAAAUGCCAGGGGUUUGGCAUGGCCUCAGGUCAAAGCAGACUAAAAAUGUCCAUGGAUAAAAAUGUCUCUCUACUCUCCAAUUUUUCCUAUGCCCCGUCUUUCCUGCGGAGAGAAGGCAACAGGACAGCGUUGGAGAUUGCUCCACAGCAAGUGGUCGUUGGAUUAUUAUUGACUGUUAUUGACCUGAUCACCUUCUUGGGCAAUGCGGUUGUUUUCAUUUGCCCAGUGGUAGAAAAGAGACUUCGAACAGUCACGUACAUGUUUAUCAUGUCACUGGCCAUGGCAGAUCUUCUGGUUGCCUGCCUGGUCAUGCCUUUUAGCAUCAUUUAUGAAGUGACAGGUAUGUGGCUCUUUGGGAAACAGUUCUGCAAAGUUUGGAUCUCCUUUGAUGUCAUGUUCUGCACCGCUUCCAUUGUCACGCUGUGCUUUAUCAGUCUGGACAGAUACUGCUCCGUCGUGACCCCUUAUCAUUAUUCCAAGAGAAUGUCGCGCCGCAGAUGUAUCAUUAUGACAGUGACUAUAUGGGUUUACUCCUCUCUGAUUUCCUUUCUGCCCGUCAUGCAAGGAUGGAAUGAAAUCCCCGGUGUUGAUUCCGACAAUGGGAAGCAAUGUAUCUUUGUCACCAACUGGACCUUUGCCAUUGUUGCCUCAUCCUUGGCAUUUUACAUCCCCUUCAUAAUCAUGUGCAGCAUGUACUUCUUUAUAUACCGGGCGUCUCGGCUGAAAGCCACUCGCAUUGUGUCUCAGACCUUAGAUUUGCAUUACCACCCAAACAGUAAACGUCAAAACAACCUGCAACUGGAGAACAAAGCCACCAGGACAAUGGGCAUAAUCAUAUCAGUGUUUGUCAUGUGCUGGCUGCCAUACUUUGUUCUAAACGUUCUAAUAGCUGCCAAGGGCACCGAUUCCACCAGUAGAGUCCUGGUGAACGCUUUCAAGUUCAUUACUUGGUUGGGAUACUGCAAUUCCACCAUCAAUCCCAUGCUAUAUGCCUUUCUAAAUCGGGACUUCCAAAGGGCUUUGAAGAAAUUGCUGAUCUGUAGACGUUGGAGAUCCCAGGUGGACAUAGGAGACGACAUGGUCUCCAUCGUGACAUUUUCUAAGACAGCUCAAGAUCCAGAAUAUAAUAACAUAAAAAUGCCAAUCAGCAACUGUGUGUUAAAGAACAAACCAGCAAUGAAAUGCAACCCUGCAAUACAUUACUAACCAAUAACACACACAUGAUGACCCUAUAGGGCACACACUCACCUAUAUUUACCUUUCUUUAUAACCUGAAUGUAUCCGAUGCACAAGCAUAACCAAUAUUUCAACCUUAAUCUCAUAUUCUUCUAAAGUCAAUCGACAAAUAAUAUGUAAUUACUAAAAGCAAGUUUUGUUUGGACGAUACUGUCCUCUGAAUGUAUAUUUUUACUUAUUGCAGCUUCUCCCCACACUGAGAGCAACAAAUGAAAGACAAGACACAAGAGGGGUCAUUCACAAACACAAAGUGCAAUUUCUGGUGCAUGUUUUUACCCAUAAUGCAUCCAUUUCCCCAUAAUUCAAUUGUAAUUGCAUCCACCCCAGUUGCUCCUGAUGCAUCAGAAUAGAAAUAACUGCAUUUUGACUGGGGUGAAUCGGGUGUAAGUUGCAGAUAGCACUUUCAGAGUGGGGAUUCUGUCAUUUUUUGGAGAGCACAUUCAAAGUGUUGCAUCGAAAUCCCUGGGUGCAAUCCUGGUGCUCCUAUCGACACAAUCCACUGAGGGAACCCUGGAGCUACUGCCAGGUCCAUGGUGGUGGUAGCUCCAGAGUUCCGCAUUUCCAAUAGAUGCAGCGGGCCCCAUUCAUCAGAAGGACGGGAUGGGUGCAUUGGCAGCCAUGUUGAAAUGCAGGAGGAUCUUUGGAUACAAGUACCUUAAUGAAUUGUAAUAACAUGUGCUCUCCAUUGUAUCCAUUUUAGGGCAUCUGCAUUUCAUAGCCCUUAAGACAAAGAACAGAAACCAGCCAAAACAGGAGCACACUCAAUUAGAAUAGGAGUAGAAUGAAAAAAGAAUAGUUAAAGGAGAAGGAAAGGUUAAAACUAAGUAAAAGGUCUAUAUAAAUACACCAGUAAA